UGCUUCAGUGCCUCUAGUAAGCUCCCUCUGGUGCUUCAGACUCUAGCCACACUCAAGCCCAGCGCCAUGGCCCCUCCCACCUGCCGGCUCCUCAGUGCUGCUCUGGUCCUGCUGCUGCUGCUGGCCACCAACCACCAGGCUACAGGGGCUGUUGUGGCCAGUGAGCUGCGCUGUCAAUGCCUGAAGACCCUACCAAGGGUUGACUUCAAGAACAUCCAGAGCUUGAAGGUGACACCCCCGGGACCCCACUGCACCCAGACAGAAGUCAUAGCCACUCUCAAGGACGGUCAAGAAGUUUGCCUCAACCCUGAAGCCCCCUUGGUUCAGAAGAUCAUCCAAAAGAUACUGAACAAAGGCAAGGCUAACUGACCUGGAAAGAAGGAGUGUGGGAAGAAUCAAAGAGAAAAGAGACAAGCAGCCCCCGGGAAGCCCGGACCAUACCUGAUGUGCCUCGCUGCCUGAGAGCUUAUCUAUUUAUUUAUCUAUGUAUUUAUUUAUUUAUUUAUUUAUUUCCAAUGCCCAGAUGCUGUUGUGUUUAUUAUGAUAUUUAAAGAUAUGCAUUUGCUAAUUCACUGUAAUAUCUUAAAAGGUUAUUUUAAUAUGUUAAAGUUUAUUUUAAUAAUGGUUAAUUUGUUCAGUUAAGGUUAUUUUACUUAUGUAGUUGGAAGGUGAUGCAUAUUUAAAACCUAUUUCUUCAUGAGUUUCUGGGGAGAGGGUGCCUUGAGCACUAGCUACACCACACCCACACUGUGAUAGAGACUGGGGAUAAGGGGUGGGUGGGGGGACAAACAGAUGCAGUCAGAUGGCUUUCAUGGAAGGAGUGUUCAUGUUCACAUCAUUUUCUGUAAGCACUGAGUAGAAUAGCUGUUAUUUAGGUUUCACUGUUUCUAAACUAUGUGUACAACAUUUCUGAUGCUGAAUAUUCAAUGUAAUGUGAGUAACCCUUGGACAUUUUAUGUCUUCCUUGUAAGGCACAGUGCCUUGCUUAGCAGUUGUUUUGCCAUGCUUUCUCAUGUCUUCAAGUAGAGACAUGUUGUUAUUCAUGUACUUUUACAAUUAACAAAAAAUAAAAACUUUUAU